AAAGUAGUUAAAAAAAACGUAAUAUCCAUUUCUUAUUUGGGGACGUUUCAACGUUAUAGCUUCUUUUUAUUGUACUGUAGCUAACGCCGCAAGAUAUAUUUCUAAACGGGCUGAGGUUCUCACUAACCUAUACUCAGGGAUUUACAGAUGAUGAUGGCCUAAAAUUAUCAGCGCUAGUUAGCAACGCUACACUGUACAGUACAGAGAGGGUCCCGCUGUGUUUUAUUGGAUUUCAUUCAAACGUAGUAACGUUCAAACCAUGCCUCGAGGAAGGUCAGCCUCCAGCGUCCGCUCCGAUGGUAGCGACAUGGAUAUUGAUGUCAUAGCUGAAACAGAAAUGGGCAAACUACAAAGACAAUUCCGGAUCAUGGAGGGAGAACGGCAGUCCUACAGCAUCCAGUCUCAGGACCACCUCCGCAGACAGAGGCAGGAGAUGGAGAAGCUGGAGAAGGAGCAACAGGAACUCCUGAGUAGUCUCCGUGUGUCCGAGAGCCUGUCUCGACGGCAGCAGGACAGCGAGGAUACCCAGACCCUGCGCGCCAUGCUGGAUCAGAGGGACGAGGUGGCCCAAGAGUUGGAGAGGGAAAGGCAGAGUCAGGCAGAGCUGGAGAAGGAGAUCUCCAACAUGGAGAAAAAGCUGGUAGAGCUCAGGAAAGGGGACAUCACUGCUGUUGUCAGCCAGAAGUCCCAGUCCCGCCACCAGCUGAAGGCCUCGCGCACCCUGGAGAACAAGCUGGACAGGGCUUUCAUUCGCUUCAACGAACAGCUGACUAAAAACAGCCAUCUAAGAGAGGAUUUGGAGACUCUGCGGGUGGAGCGUCUGCGAUUCCAACAGCUUCACGGCAGACUAGACAAGGAGUUGCAGGAGAUCCGGAAAUCCAUUGGGGACAUGAUUAGCUUGUCCACUGCUGCAUAUGAUGCCAGAGUGGAGGCCCAGUGCAAGAUGACCAUGAUGAAGGACAAGGCCGUGAAGGACCUGGCUCAGUACAGCACAGAGAUGAAGGAGUUGGAGAGGGUGAUCGCACAUGACCGCCGCCUCAAAGAGUUCAUGACCACCAAGUGCAGUGAGAGGAGUGACCACGAUGAGGAGCAGGAUCCAGGCCGCGGGCAUGGGUCAGAGGUCAAGGAGCAGAGGAGGAGGGACUCCGGGGAGGAGUCGCUGGACACGCUGGAGGAGGUCUUCCAGAGGAUCCAGAACAUCACAGGAGAAGAGGACCUUGAGAUGCUGGUCACCAGGUUCAUCCAAGUUGAGGAUCGGAACUUUGCCCUUUUCAACUACGUUAACGAGCAAAACAACGAUGCUGAAGCUUUGAGGGACCAAAUUAAACAGAUCCAGCGGGAGAUGGAACAGUUUAAUGUAAAGGGGCAACAGCAGGAGAUGGAGCUCCAUGCUCUUUUGAGAGACGUCGAUCAGCAACAGAGAGACACAGAGUCUCAGGCCAACCAGUAUGAAGUCCUGGCCGGCGCUCUGAGCAGAACCCUGGACCGGAUCAAGACAGGAGUGAACGACAUGUUCCAGAAAAUGGACUGCGAUCGCUCUGCGGUGGAGGACAUGCUGGGCUCAUCCUCGGGCAUCCGGGACAACAACAUCAUGACCUACCUGGGUCUGGUGGAGAAGAGGGCCAACGAUCUGCUCACCGCGCAGGCCUUCCUCAGCUCCAGGGAUCUGGACAAGGAGUAUGACGCAAAAGACCUGGCCCGGUUCCUACUGGGUCAGAACCCAGAGUUCCCCAAACAGGAUAUCGUCAUACAGCCUCCACCCACUGGGGUUGACUAUGACACAGAUGAGUCUCUCCUCACUGACGAGGACGAGAGGCCUCUCUCCCAGGGAGAACUACGCCAGAGAAUCAUGAAAGGGGUCCUGUUGAAGGAGGGAUCGGUCCGUCAUGGAGGAGCCAAGGGAAAGAUGAGUGUUCCGUCCAACAGCCACCAGCGCUCCCUAGAGGCCUGACAAGAGCAUCACACUCAAACAGCCACGUCUACCUGCAUUGAUUAAAAGACCUGAGGCCGGGGAGGAACGGAUGACACUGUUCUCCAGUAUGAUCACCUCACGCUUUAGCAUUCAAUGACCAGAUGUCACUGUUUCAGGUCUUAUGAUUUUUGUAUGAUAGGAGAAUGUCUGUUGUAGUUCUAGAACUCCUUUUCUAAUGAUGUGGGGUUUUGUCAUCAUGGUCAGAAUAUCAUUGUCUGGAAUUAAUCAGGUUAGGCAAUGAUAAUCAUCUUGAUUUCUCAGCCAUCUUGCUCUGACUAUUUCCUCUGGUCUCAAUACCCGUGCCUGUGUGAAACUGAAGUGCUCCAACUGAACACAAGAGGGCAGCAGAUCAUUGCAUCUCCAAUCCUUCACAAAGAACGUUCACAUUGGCUUCAAUAAAAGGCUUAAUUCAC